ACACAAGGGGUAUGGCAUAAAUACAGGACAAAACAGUUGCAAAAUAACAGUAGGUGCUGGGCUGCAUUAUUACACCUGACAGGGACAAGCACUGCCCCACUCCUGCUGGACCACGUUGCUGACCCCAUUCAGUGCGGAUUCCACACAAGUCUUGUCGUAGUCUUCCAAGCUGCUGAGGGCAUCCUGGACAGAAAGUACGGUUAAUUAUGGCCACCUCUUCUUCUAUCAUGUCAAAACAACGACUCUGGAGAUUGGACCAUGCGUGGACUCCACCUGUAAAGCGUUAUAAUCCCUGGUGAAUGGCACCAAUAACUCCCAGAGAGACGAGAAGGCCAUAAGUGCGGUGAACUCCAAGCGAUAGUUGGAAGCCAUGUGUUCAAACAACAUAUUGAGGCCGUGGACUGCCAGGUUCUUUCUCUGAAAGUCUUCGCUGCUGUCCUGUGACACUGGCCUCGUCAUAGACAGGGACGCGUCCAUCAAUACCACAGUAGGCAUGAUUGACUGUUAAUAUCAACGACUCCAGCAAAUACUCAAAAAUAAAUGAAUAAAAACAACUAUUUGUACGAAUGUAGAAACACAAAGUUAGCUAGCUAACUAGCUGAUUGCAUGCUAGCAUCGGUGUAUGGAGGAUGCGCUAACAUGAUCAUUUUUCUUAUAUAGCUAAUGAUUGUAGAAACUAACUGUCAUUAUACGGAUUACAUAUAAAAUUAUUAUACAAAGAACAUAUUCACUGGACAGACAACUGUGUUGAACUCGGCAACGUUUCGCUCGUUGCUAAAUGCUAAACCAAAGCUCGCGCUCGUCCCCUAAGAACUAUCGGAAGCCUUUUGUGUUGACGUGCAUCUCUUUUUCCGUCCGAGUGGACAACAAAUAAGAUUGAAUAGAUCCACUCUAUAUUAUUUGUAACUUUAAGGUUUUUAAUGCAAAAAUAAAAAAUAUAUAUUUUCCUCAUUCAUAAGAUUAUAACUAACUACCCACAUGAUUUUAAACGGUUGUUAAUGGGAGUGCAUCUUACUGUGCUUUAAUCUCUUGGAAAUGAAUAAGGUUUCUAUCUAUCUUUUCAUAUUGAUUCUUCAUAGUCAAUACGGUAUUAACAUUUCCUCUGAACAAAAUGAGGAGGCAUCUGCAGCUUAUCCACGUAUUCCUCCUCUAUGGGAUUUUUCUCAGACUGUGUCACACUUUUCCCACACCUCAGACUGGAGAGGAUGUUGGAGCUUCCUAUUUUAAAGCAGCUAGUGCAACUCCACCACUACAAACCACAUAUCAGCAUUAUUCCAAUGUUUCGUUUACACAAGAGAUACCUGCAACCAUCACUACAUCUUCUCCUCACAUGAACAGAGAAUACCCUGCUGAUCUUUUUUCUUUGAGAGAGCGCAGACAAGGCUGGGUGGUCCUCCACAUCAUUGGCAUGAUGUACAUGUUUGUGUCACUUGGUGUUGUGUGCAAUGAAUUCUUUGUGCCUGCACUGGGGGUCAUCAUAGACAAGUUAGCCAUUUCUGAUGAUGUAGCAGGAGCGACCAUCAUGGCUGCCGCUAGGUCGAUUCCGAAGCUUUUCACUGCUGUCAUAGGAGUUUUCGUCUCUUAUAGCAACGUGGGUAUAGGCACUAUUGUUGGCUCAGCAGUUUUCAACAUGCUGUUUGUGGUUGGACUGUGUGCUUUGUUUUCCUUGAAGGUUCUUCAUCUAACCAAGUGGGUCUUUUGUAGAGAUGUAGCCUUCUACAUACUGGACCUUGUCUUACUCACUGUCUUCUUCCUGGAUGAUGUCAGUUACAUCCUCUAUCUAGUUUUCAUGAAGUUUAAUGUGCAAAUGAAAAAGGCCUUCCAGAUACAUCUACUUGAUGGGAACCAUUCAGAGCUUAUUUCCAAGGAGGAACCAAGGGAAACUAGAGCUCAUGACGAGUCACUGGUUAAAAUGAAGAAUGACCCCAGUAGUAAUAAAGAUAAGCAACAAGAGGAGCCUCUGUCUAUAAAAUGGCCACACUCUCUGCGUAAUCAAGUCACCUAUCUCAUCCUGCUGCCGAUCUUCCCUCUGUUGCGUACAAUUCCGGAUGUUCGAAAACAGAAUUCCAGAAAAUUCUUUGUGGUGAUGCUCCUGAGCUCCAGUCUGUGGAUUUCUGUCUUCUCCUACCUCAUGGUGUGGUGGGCUCACCAGGCCUCGGGGAAGACCCUAGGACACGCUGGUGGGAUUAUGUCUCACAGCUGGCCUGGGAACGCCUUGGUACCUUGGAACCUUCUCCCGGUGGAGCUGGAGGAGGUGGUCGGGGACCGAGAAGUCUGGGCUUCCCUACUAAGACUGCUUCCCCCGUGACCCGGACCCGAAAAUGGAAUGGAAUGGAAUGGAAAUCUGGGUCGGAUGGAUAGGUUUGAGGAGGGCAAGUUUUUUUUUGUUGCUUUUUUUGUUGCCGCCUCUUUCGAACAAAUUUGUCAUAAUGGCUAAUCUGUGUUGAUGGGCCCACCUUUAUGCCCACCAUUUGGUUUGAAGCUGUGGCUUUCCAAGCAUCUUUUUCCAUCCUGAUUUCUACUACGUUACCUUGCAUUUGUUUUCACAAGGCUAAACUCUUUUUCUGCUGUGUGUGUAUGCUGCCCCCCCCGAGACAAAGAGACUAUAAGGUUGACAAGAGGUCUCACUCUGUUCAUGCUGUUGUUCUAUGGCAUGUUCUUGUUCUGUGAAGCGUCUCGGUGCUGAACCAAUGCAGAGUGCUGCUUUUCAUCUAUUUGAUGGCACCACUAAGCCUACAAUCUGCUAAUUAAAAAAAAAGAGUGAUCCCUCCUUUAUAGGCGAGAGACGAGGAAAACAGCAUGCACAUGGCAACAUAUAGAGACAAACAGUUUUUAUUCUGGAUGUCAGGUUUUAAUCAACAAACGGAUAUUGUCUCGUUCUCAUCAACCCAAUAUCGUGUAUCGUCUCGUCACAUGAUCUGAGUGUAUCGUGACACCCCUACUCAUUUGUAAUUUGAAAUUAGCUCACA